AUGGCUGCAGUACGUUCCAAAGAGGGUGGCGUCGUCGUCAACAAGCGGAAGGUCAAUCGGCACGACGCAUCGAAAUCGGCGACCACCCGGCCCGAGGCUCACGAUGCGCGCGACAGAGCCGUUCCCAAGCUGCCGAAGCCAUUGGGCCCGAAAGCCCGUCGAAUCAUCACGAAGAAGACCUCAACCCUGAUGCGAAAGCGUAACAAGCUCGACAGGGCGCUCCUGCUCCAGGCCUUCCGACCCGUCGACGAGCUCAGUGUAAACUACUGGCUGCCCCGUGAGGAAGUCCUGAGACAGUGCGAGCGCAUGGCCAGCAGAGAGAGGGAUUACAUCAGGGCAAGAACAAAAGCGCUAGAGGAGAGAACGGCACUCUACAAUCAGGAUCCUUCCGAAGAGCGGGCGCUUGAUCUUAACCUGAUCAGGGCCCAGCUCUGGAGGUUCAAGCGGCAUCUUGGACCAUACUUGGAAGCUGCAGAGGAGCCAAGAGAAGAUGGCGAGGAUGAUGUCUCGUCUUCUGACUCUGAUUCAGAUUCGAGUGAUGACGAGUCUGAAUUGGUCCAGGACAAGGCCGACGACUCUACUUCCUCCGUGUCAUCUGAAGGCGACCCCUCGAACGGCAACGUGCACGACGAGAAGCCUUCUAUUGGUCUUGAUGGCGCCUUUGAUGACAUCCGGAAUUCGAAGAAGAGAAGGCGCAACGACGUGAGCGAGACCAGGAAGGAGUCGCAAAAGAGGGCGAGGAAGGAGCAAACUUCUGGCAGCACGCAGUCGGCCACCUCGCAAAGCCAGUCUAGCAAGGCCGCUGCGCCUAAAAGGUCCAAGGAGAUGGAGGACUUGCUCUCACAAAUACUCAACAACAUGUCUCAGACCAAAUCUUCUGAAGUCAGCAUUAAUGGUGCCAGCAAGGUUGAGAGCGAGGAGGGGCCGGCCGAGGCCACCACGACCAAGGGCACAAGCGAGAAAGCCAACCGGACGGCCCCGAAAACGCCGGCCAGCAGCAGCAACAGCAACGCCAGCGACGGAGACGUCAGGCCGUGGUACCAGCGUCAUGCUAAGGCCAUGCUUCGUCCCGACUUUGACGACUGCGUCCGCGAGCGGCCGCAUCGGAACCGACGUGGGCCCAAUUCGAAGCAAAAGCGUAGAGAGUAUCUCGUCUCCGGCGCCCUGCCUGUUCCUCAUCUUCCGAGCCCGAGGCCUAACAAGGCCAGGGCAAGAAGUGCGUCGACAGAUGGACCUUAG